AUGGCCAAUACAGGCUUACAGCUGUUAGGAUUUGCCUUGGCUUGUAUAGGAUGGAUUGGCUUUAUAGUGGCGGUAGCUAUUCCCCAAUGGAAGAUGUCGUCUUUUGCUGGAGAUGCCAUCAUCACAGCACAGGUCACCUACGAAGGCUUGUGGAUGUCCUGUGUCAUGCAGAGUACAGGACAGAUGCAGUGCAAAACCUUUGACUCUCUUCUGAAAUUAGGCAGCACUAUGCAGGCGACCCGGGCGUUGAUGAUCUGUGGAAUUCUUUUUGGUUUCUUUGCUGCUUGUAUUGCUGCAGUGGGAAUGAAAUGCUUAACUUGCCUUCAAGAUGAUGAGGUGAAGAAAGCCAAAGUUGGGAUCGUUGGUGGUAUUCUUUUCAUCAUUGCUGGGCUAUGUGUGCUUAUUGCAACAGCAUGGUAUGGAAACCAAAUUGCCAGGGAUUUCUACAAUGCAUUUACCCCAACCAACUCCAAAUAUGAAUUUGGUCCAGCUUUAUUUAUUGGUUGGGCUGGUGCCGCAAUGGCAAUUUUAGGAGGGGCCUUGCUGUGCUGCUCCUGUCCUAGAAGGGAAACCUCAUACCCACCACCUAGAGGCUACCACAAAAAUGCACCCUCAGCACCUGCAGGAAAAGACUACGUGUAA